UGUCGGCAAGAGUAAUAACAAACGGAAACACUCGCUUUUGUUUUAACAUUCUGGUUCAAAUUGGUUUUGACGAGUCUGUUUGAACAUCUCAGCAUGUUUAUUUCGUCAGCACCGGUGUGUGUAUUUUCAAAUGUUAAAUUUCAAGCGGUCUUUUAGUAGUUAAACAUUGUUAAGAGUCAACAUGGGCAAAGUUCACCGGCUCGGCUAACGAUGGAGCUACAAGACGUAGAGAAGUGCUGCGGUGUUGUUACCUUGAGAGAAGAUUUCUCAGGCCAGGAACUCGUAAGCUUUAGCGGCAUUCUCAUUCAUCCCAGCACCGGAGCUGUCAUAUGCAUUGGCCUGCCGUUUUUUCGUUUAAUUAUAGGCGAAAAAACAACUUAUGCUAACGAACGUCGCAUCCUGUUGCGUCACAAUUUCCGCGACAAAUUUAAAAUCAGUGUCAGCUUUCCAUCCUCCAGCCAUGUGGAGGCUAAUGCAUGCAGAGCGGGUAAACCCAGCGAAAAACACGGGAAACAGGAGCAUGAAGCUGAGCUGCUGAUGCUGGUGAACUGCGUGGAGUUCAAACAUACUUUCCAAGCACUUUUCCAUCAGGCAGACAAGUGGUGUUUCCAUGGCGACCAGGGUGACGACCUGAUCCAGAAUGUAGACUAUCUCAGCUGGUUUGCCGUGCUCAAGGUAGGAGUGCCAAAUCCUGGCACCGUCUCCUGGUGUAGCAGCUUGUCUCUUCAGAAAGGCUCCCCAGUUGUCGCCUGCGGUUCUCCAUUCGGUUCCCUCUGCUUGGACCUUUUUAAUGGCACUGUGAGCAGGGGCAUCAUCAGCAACCUGGCGGGUGAGGACAAUGCUGUCAUCCUUACAGAUGCCCGCUGUUUGCCAGGCACGGAGGGCGGCGGCUUGUUUGCAAUGGAGGACAACUGCCUUCACCUGAUAGGAGUGAUUGUAUCGCCGUUCGGUUGGAAGGCCAAUGAAUGGAUCGGACUCACUCUUGUUUGUUCCAUCCACUCGAUCCUCGGGAGCAUCGCCAAAUUCGGAGAAAUUCAGGAUCCGCUCCGAGAUGUUUGGCUUAACCCCACAGAGGUCAAUAUGACCAGAAAGUCCAACCUGGGUCAAUACCCAAUUGUGUGUCUGGUGGACAGCGGGCAGCGAUGGGGCUCGGGGGUUCUCGUGACCUCUGAGCUGAUUUUAACUUGCCGACAUGUUGUCGAUGGGAAGUCCACAGUUGGCCUCAAGUUCCACCACAGAGACAGAGUCCUCGACAUUGUUGGCGACGUCCUCUUCUCCACUAAAGCAUCGUCGCCUUACGAUGUCGCUGUGGUGCGGUCUAGAGAAUCCAUUUUUGACGUUGUCAUCCCUCGAAUGGCACACAAGUUCAACAUAGGCGAAUGUGUGUUGGUGUCUGGAUACGGCGGGCUUGGUCAGCGGUGCGGCCCGUCGGUGAGCUGCGGUGUCCUCUCCAAAGCCAUCACGUUCAACCGCCGGGCCAUCAUGCUUCAAACAACGUGUGCCGUACAAGCAGGGACCAGCGGGGGUCCUGUGGUACGAGCCUCCACGGGAGAACUGCUUGGCAUCGUAUGCAGCAACACGAGGGACUUGUCCACCAAGGCAACCUACCCCCACCUCAACUUCUGCAUUCCAAUGAGCGUACUGCAUGGACCUCUGCUCCGAUUUGAACAGUUUGGGGACAUAAAGGCGUUCGAUGUGCUGGACGCCGCAGAGGAGCAAGUGAAAAGGGUGUGGAGGUUACAAGAUAAACAAAGCAAACUGUAGUCUUUAGUGCAGUGGUUCUUAACCUUGGUAAAGGUACCGAACCCCAUAGGUUUCACAUGUGGAUUCACCGAACCCUUCGGAAUUAGAUAAUAAAUCCAAUUUUUUCAAAUUCAAAACCAUUAUACCUUAAUUUUUGGACUAUAAGGCGCAACUGACUAUAAGCCGCCACGCACCAAAUUUGACACGAAAACGGCAUUUGAUCAUAGAUAAGCCGGACUGGAGUAUAAGCCACAGCUGUCCUCACUGAAUUAUGGGAUAUUUACACCAAAACAUAUUAACCGGUGACACUUUAUUUGACAGCGGCAUCAUAAGAUGUCAUAAGACCAAAUGAAUCACCAUGAAGCUUUGAACCAAUUUGCUGCAAAGCUUCAUUGCUUCAAGCUAGUAAUUUAGCAAAUUGCAGUUCAAAAUUCUUCUCAUUUUGACAGCAUGUUUUAUAAACAGGUCAAAAUUUGAGACCACGCUGCCCAUUGGUCUGUUGCACUCAUAGCAAGUACGAGUCAACCUUACACUGAGCAAACCAAUUCCUCUUCCUAUCAAAUCGAGGACUAGCAGUUAAAAGAAAUUAAAUUAAAAAAUUAAAAAGCCACUUUGCCUGAAUUCAAUCAGCGACUAAAAUAGGGCUCUGCGUUUCUUUACUUUCGCCGAACCCCUUAGACUUACUUACCGAACCCCUGGGGUUCAAUGGAACCCAGGUUAACAACCACUGCUUUAGUGUGAGCAUAACUACACAGCCAGAACCGACUUACUGUGACUAGUUGCAAUGCGCAAUGUAGAUGGGCAAUGUGAGACCAAUCAAAAUAAAACUACGAUUCAAACCAGUGUUAUAAAUUCACGUGCCAAUAAUUUCACUCAUGUAAGAGUAGCUUUACUUCAAAAUAUUACACAAAUAAAAGUAGUCAUCAAAAAACUUACUUAGGUACAAGUAAAAAAGUACAGUGGGGCAAAUAAGUAUUUGUUCAACCACUAAUUGUGGAAGUUCUCCCACUUGAAAAUAUUAGAGAGGCCUGUAAUUGUCAGAAUGGGUAAACCUCAACCAUGAGAGAAAGA